UUUAUAUACCUUCCUCAGUCUCUGAGUACGCUAUUCAAAUUUGCUCUCUUUCUUUCUCUAUCGUUGUUGAGUUCCCUCCAAUUUUCUGAGAUGGCAUCAUCUGCUUCCAGUUCAAGGCACCCUGUUCCCCAAUCUCGCAAGCAAAAGGCCCUCGGUCUCCUAUGCACUAAUUUCCUGAGCUUGUAUAAUAGACAUGACGUCCAAUUCAUCGGCCUCGACGAUGCCGCCGCCCGAUUAGGUGUUGAGAGAAGACGGAUCUAUGAUAUCGUCAAUAUUCUCGAGAGCAUCGGGGUGCUUGCAAGAAAGGCCAAAAAUCAAUAUACAUGGAAAGGCUUUGGAGCAAUUCCUGGAGCUUUUCAUGAACUCAAGGAAGAGGGAUUACGGGAGAAUACAUAUGCUUUUGAAGGCGGAAAUGACAACCUAAAAGGGUCUGAUGACGAGGAUGAUGAAGAAGCAUUUUCUAAUACUGGGACCGGGAGUCAAAAUGACAAGUCCAAUUCCAAUUCAAAUUCAAAUUCUACAACACUUUCCAAAUCUCUCAAAAACGGUAAUUUUUCUUUCUUUCCUUUUUCAUGUUUUUUUCAAAGAAAAUUAAGCAAAUUCAUUAGCCGAUGUUUAUCUUCAAUGAUAGAAAUGAUCUCCCUUGACGAGGCUGCGAAUUUGUUGCUUGGAGAUGGCCACAGUUCAUCAUUAAUGAGAACAAAAGUAAGACGCCUAUAUGAUAUUGCAAAUGUGUUGUCCUCCAUGAACCUUAUCGAGAAGACCCACACCACAGAUACAAGAAAACCAGCAUUCAGGUGGCUGGGUUUGAGAGGGAAGGCACCUAACGAGUCCAUUCAAAAUUGUUCAAAUCCAAACGAGUCUAGGAAAAGAGCGUUUGGAACUGAUGUCACAAACAUCAGUUUUGAGAGGAACAUAGUGGAAUUAGGGGACUUUGCCUCUAAGAAGCUCAAAAAAUUGGACAAUGGUAGUGGCAUAGGUCAAGCAAAUAGUUUUCAACAAGCUUCAAAGGGUUUUCAGUUUGGUCCUUUUGCACCUUCUUAUGUGCCCAAAGUUGGAACACCCGAGAAUAAUAGUGUGAAGAAGGUUCAUGAUUGGGACAGUCUAGCAAUUAAACAUCGUCCACAAUACCAAAACCAAGCUUUAAGAGAACUAUUCUCCCAUUACAUGGAAGCAUGGAAAUCGUGGUAUUCAGAAGUUGUUGGGAAGAAUCCAAUGCAGAUUUAAUAACCUUAUUAGUAAUUAUGACCAAGUCAAACUGUGUAUAGCCGUCCAUUGUUGGUUGCAUGUUCUCCAUGCAACAGCCUAAAGUUACCAGUUACGGAUUUUUCAAUCGUGAUGUUUUUAGUUAGGCAGUAUUUUUUUCAGAUUCUUUGUCACAUUCACAGAUUUUUAACUGAGAGGGAAAAGCUAUGUGCUCUGAUUUCUUCGAUAAUUUAUGAAGAAACAAAAAAAUCAAAUGUUUAAAAUCAGUUCAUCCCUAAAAAUGUAUUGCAAAUUUUUUGGUAUUCUGUAUUUGUAAUUUUUUUUUUUUUU